UCUCUCCCUCCAGUGCCCCCCGGCACCUGUUUCUGAGCAAUGACCUCCAAGGCGAAGAAGCGGGUGGUGCUGCCCACGCGCCCCGACCCCCCCAGCACGGAGCAGAUUCUCGAAGAUGUGCAGCGCGCCCAGCCCAACGACCCCGUCUUCGUCCUCCUGGCCGAGCCAAGCGAAGAUUUGCCUUCCCCGACCAAGAACGAAGACCCCGAGGCCAAGCGCGAGCGCCUCUACCGGCUGACCCAAUCGUACGUGGAGAUGAACCACCGCCUCCAGGUGGCCUGCAGCCUGCUCAAGGAGAAGUGCGAGGAGCUCAAGCUGGCCGGAGCCACCCUCGAGCAGGGCAUCCUGGAGAUGAAGCAGAGGGCCUUGUGAGAUGACGCCCGCUCCGGGAGCCGGGCCAGCGG